AUGGACUCUUGGAUCUGGAAAGUGUUUGCCCAGAGUCCCAGAAGUGUCUCUCUACCCAUACCACUCCUUACUAUUUUAAAUGCCUGUCUCAAGCCAAAGCUGCUAACGAGGUUGGAGAAACAGGUGAACAGGAAGACAGCGGUGGCGCUGAAGGAGCUGAGCCAGCAAAUCCAAGAAACUAAAUGCCGGCGGGAAAGGCUGCUGAAGGACACCAGGCAGCUGCUGGAAGAAAAACACCGUGUGCAGGCUGAAAACCAGCUUUUCAUGGACUACCUGCACAAAAACAGCAAGCGGUGUGAGAAGAAACGGGAGGCGCUGUGGAAGCAAUGUGCCCAGGAGUGUGGCGAGAUAGAGCGAAGGCGACAAGAGCUGGCGUCCAGAUACACCCAGAGAAACGCAGCCCUUCGAGCACAGCUCCUGCAGGGCAGAAAGACCCAGGAGGACUUAAGGCAGCAGCUGCAGGCACUGAAGACCGUUUACAUGGUAAAGGAGAGGCAGGACAUGACAAUACAGACCUUGGAGAAGGAGAAAGAGAAAAUCCGAGGUGAGACAGCGGCCAAGGAGCAGGAGGCACACAUCCGGUUCCUUCGGGAGAAGGCCCUGAUGGAGAAGGAGCUGCAAGAGUUGGACUUGAUGAAGCUGGGGCAGAUCAGCACUAAGGGGCUUACGAGGAAGUACAAGGCCUGGGCGCAGGCCUGCAAGCAGGCUCAUUUUGAGUUCUGUGGCAGUCUCCACAGAGAGAACCAGCAGCUACGGAAGGAGCUCCAGCAACUGAGUCAGGAGUACCGGAAGGUGGAAGCUGUGAGAAUCAGGUUGGAGAAGCAGCAGCAGCUGGUGAAGGAGGAGCAGUGGUAUCUAGAAACCUUGACCAGAGGGCGGCGGUGGCUGCAGGCAGAACGUGAGAGGCAUCAAGAUUGUUCUAGAGCUGCCCAGAAGUUAAAUCUGUCCUCCAAGAAGAAGAAACACCGGCCUUCGACGCCGUCUGCUGCAGAGGCUCCCCUCUUUGCUACCAGCUUCAGCGGGAUCCUGCAGACCUCGCCUCCCCCGGCCCCGCCCUGUCUCCUGAGGGCUGUCAACAAGGUGAAGGACACUCCUGGCAUGGGCAAGGUGAAAGUCAUGCUACGUAUCUGUUCCACAUCUGCUCGAGAUACCUCAGAAUCCAGCUCUUUCCUGAAGGUGGAUCCACGGAAGAAGCAGAUCACCUUGUACGACCCCCUGACCUGUGGGGGUCAAAAUGCCUUUCAGAAAAGAAGCAGCCAGGUGCCUCCGAAGAUGUUUGCCUUUGAUGCGGUUUUCCCACAAGAUGCCUCUCAGGCUGAAGUAUGUGCCGGAACGGUGGCCGAGGUAAUCCAGUCUGUGGUGAACGGGGCAGACGGUUGUGUGUUCUGUUUUGGCCAUGCCAAGCUGGGGAAAUCCUACACCAUGAUUGGAAGGGAUGAUUCCAUGCAGAACCUGGGCAUCAUUCCAUGCGCCAUUUCUUGGCUGUUCAAGCUGAUCAAUGAGCGCAAAGAAAAGACCGGGGCCCGAUUCUCAGUCCGGAUCUCAGCUGUCGAGGUGUGGGGGAAAGAGGAGAACCUUCGAGACCUGCUGUCUGAGGUGGCCACGGGCAGCCUACAGGAUGGACAGUCCCCAGGAGUGUACCUCUGUGAGGACCCCAUCUGUGGCACACAGCUGCAGAACCAGAGUGAGCUGCGGGCCCCCACCGCAGAGAAAGCUGCCUUCUUCCUGGAUGCUGCCAUUGCCUCACGACGAAGCAGCCAGCAGGACUGUGAUGAGGAUGACCACCGUAACUCGCACAUGCUCUUCACCCUGCACAUCUACCAGUACCGGAUGGAGAAGAGUGGGAAGGGCGGAAUGUCUGGAGGUCGCAGCCGCCUGCAUCUCAUCGAUCUGGGCAGCUGUGUGAAAGCUCUCAGCAAAAACCGAGAAGGAGGCUCAGGGCUGUGCCUCUCGCUGUCCGCUCUGGGCAAUGUCAUCCUGGCUCUUGUCAAUGGCAGCAAACACAUCCCGUACAAGGAGAGCAAGCUCACCAUGCUUCUGAGGGAGUCUCUGGGGAACGUGAAUUGUCGCACCACCAUGAUUGCGCACAUCUUGGCUGCAGCUGGUAGCUACUCGGAGACCCUGUCCACCAUCCAGAUCGCAUCGAGAGUCUUGAGGAUGAAGAAGAAGAAGACUAAGUACACCUCGAGCUCCUCUGGGGGAGAAAGCUCCUGUGAGGAGGGCAGAAUGCGCAGACCCACCCAGCUGAGACCCUUUCAUGCCCGGGCUUCCGUGGAUCCCGAAUUCCCUCUCGCCCCACUGUCCAGCGAUCCUGACUACUCCUCCAGCAGUGAGCAGUCCUGUGACACCGUCAUCUACAUCGGGCCCAACGGCACAGCCUUGUCGGACAAGGAGCUUACGGACAAUGAGGGGCCCCCCGACUUCGUGCCCAUCGUACCAGCCUUACAGAAGACCAGGGGUGACAGCCGCCCUGCGGAGGCAGCAGAGGCUGCCGCCAACAAGUCGGAAAGGGACUGUCUGAAGUGCAAUACGUUUGCUGAGCUGCAAGAGAGACUAGACUGCAUUGAUGGCAGCGAAGAGCCCAGUAAGUUUCCCUUCGAAGAGCUGCCCAUCCAGUUCGGGCCGGAGCAGGCAGGUAGAUGUGUUUCCUUAAGUCAAGCAGCAGGGCCAGAUACGCUCUCGGAGUCUGACAAAGAAGAUAAUGGGUCAGACCAUGGCCAGCUGCCCACCGACAGGGAAAGCACGGAGCUUCCGGCCUCCAAGGUGCAGCAGAAUCGGUCCCCUGUGCCUACUGUGACACGCAGCGGUAGCCCCAGCCCUGCCUCACCUCGGAGCAUCCCAGGCAGCAGCAGCCAGCACAGUACCUCCCAGCUCACACAGAGCCCCAGUCUCCAGAGCAGCCGGGAGAGUCUGAACUCAUGUGGCUUUGUGGAGGGCAAGCCCAGACCCAUGGGCUCCCCACGGCUAGGCAUUGCCAGCCUGUCCAAGACCUCAGAGUACAAACCCCCCAGCUCUCCCUCCCAGAGGUGCAAAGUCUACACCCAGAAGGGUGUCCUGCCUUCCUCUGCUCCACCACCUUCCCUGAGCAAAGACUCUGGCAUGGUCUCCAGUGAGUCCUUGCUUCAGCCCGAUGUGCGCACUCCCCCGGUCGGAAUGAGUCCCCAGGUUUUGAAGAAAUCCAUGUCUGCUGGGAGUGAAGGGUUUCCCGGAACCCUGGUUGAAGAUGAGCACCAGGAAGGUCCUCCUGCAGACUCAAAGAAGGAGGUUCUGAGCACCACGAUGGUGACCGUGCAGCAGCCACUGGAACUGAACGGGGAGGAUGAGCUGGUGUUUACGUUGGUGGAGGAGCUGACCAUCAGCGGGGUGCUGGACAGUGGCCGCCCCACCAGCAUCAUCAGCUUCAAUAGUGACUGCUCCGUGCAGGCCCUGGCCUCAGGCUCCCGGCCCGUCAGCAUCAUUAGCAGCAUCAGCGAAGACCUGGAAUGUUACUCCAGCAUGGCCCCCGUCUCUGAGGUGAGCAUCACACAGUUCCUGCCACUCCCCAAGCUGGGCCUGGAUGAGAAGGCUCGGGAAGCAGGCAGCCGGCGCUCUUCCAUCAGCUCCUGGCUGAGCGAGAUGAGCGCGGGCAGUGACGGCGAGCAGUCGUGCCACAGCUUCAUAGCGCAGACGUGCUUCGGGCAUGGGGAAGCCAUGGCAGAACCCCCGGCCUCGGAGUUUGUCAACACCAUCCAGAACACCGCUGUGGUAUGCAGAGAGAAGCCGGAGGUGGGCCCUGACAAUCUGCUCAUCUUGUCUGAGAUGGGGGAAGACUCUGUCAGCAAAGCCACUCCCAUCAAAGGCUGCAAAAUCUCCACCCUGGGCAAGGCCAUGGUCACCAUCUCCAACACGGCCAACCUGAGCAGCUGCGAGGGUUACAUCCCCAUGAAGACCAACAUCACGGUUUACCCCUGCAUUGCCAUGAGCCCCCGAAAUGUGCAAGAGCCUGAGUCCUCCGCUGCCACCCCAAAGGCAGCCCCCAAAACAGCCCAGUCCCAGGGGAGCAAGGAAGCCAAUGCAAGGAGAGAGAUGAAAUUUGAGGAUCCCUGGUUAAAACGAGAAGAAGAGGUGAAAAAGGAGGGCGCUUACCCCGGUGAGGAAGGGGUGAGGUGUGAGACCGUCACAAGCUCCCUGACAGCUGAAGGUAAGUCAGAACAGGAGCAGAACGGCAGGCCCAGCUCAGGCGACAGGCUGAGCAGCAGUAGUGGAGAGGCAUCUGCCUUUCAGGUGACUGACAACAUUAGGAGAGUUGUGGAUGGCUGUGAGAUGGCCCUGCCCGGCUUGGUGACCCAAAGUCCCAUACAUUCCAACAAAAAUCUAAAGUCAAGCAGCCUCCCAAGGGCAUUUCAGAAAGCCGACAGGCAUGAGGUGCUGGACAGCUUCUACCACUGCCUGGCGGACAGCAACGGCUUCAGCGGGGCGCUGGGCAUUCAGUCCUCGAAGACAACACUGGAGAGGAAGGUAGCUUCACCCAAGCAUUGCGUCCUGGCACGGCCCAAAGGGACACCACCUCUGCCUCCUGUCCGCAAGUCUAGCUUGGACCAGAAGAACAGGGCCAGUCCUCAACACAGCGGCAGCAGCAGCAGCAGCACCAGCAGCCCCCUGAACCAGCCAGCUACCUUCUUGGCUUGCUUCCCUGAUGAGUCCAACAGCAAAACUAAGGAGGCCAGUAGCAGCAGUAAGCUCUUCAGUGCCAAGCUGGAGCAGCUGGCCAGCAGAACCAACUCUCUUGGCAGGACCACAGUCAGCCACUAUGAAUGCUUGUCCCUGGAAAGGGCGGAAAGCCUGUCGUCUGUGAGCUCCCGCAUGCAUGUGGGCAAAGAUAGCACCAUGCCUCGCACCGGCAGGAGCCUGGGUCGCAGCGCAGGGGCCUCGCCCCCCAGCUGUGGCACCACCCAGUCUGCAGGGACCUCUCCCAAGGCCAGCCAGUCUAAGAUCUCCGCGGUAAGCAAGCUCCUGCUGGCCAGUCCCAAAUCCCGCAGCCUGUCCACCUCGACCACCAAAACCCUCAGCUUCUCCACCAAGUCCCUGCCCCAGUCUGUGGGCCAGAGCUCCAACCUGCCACCCAGCGGGAAGCACAUGUCCUGGUCCACCCAGUCGCUCAGCAGAAGCCGGGGCUCUGGGCUGGCUUCCAAACUGCCCCUGCGAGCCGUCAACGGGCGCAUUUCGGAGCUGCUGCAGGGCAGUGCGGGCCCGAGGGGCGCGCAGCUGCGGGCAGAGGCAGAGGAGCGCAGUGGAGCUCCCACGGAGGACAAGCCUGCAGCCGCCCACCUGCUGCCCUCACCUUACAGCAAGAUCACCCCUCCCCGGAAGCCUCACCGCUGCAGCAGCGGGCACGGUAGUGACAACAGCAGUGUCCUGAGCGGGGAGCUGCCACCUGCCAUGGGGAAGACCGCCCUGUUCUACCACAGCGGCGGAGGCAGCAGCGGAUAUGAGAGCAUGAUAAGGGACAGCGAGGCCACCGGCAGCGCGUCCUCGGCCCAGGACUCCAUGAGCGAGAACAGCAGCUCCGUCGGAGGGAGGUGCAGGAGCCUCAAGACCCCAAAGAAGCGCUCCAAUUCAGGUAGGUACCUGGCACGGGCUGGGAGGACAGAGGCAUCAGGCUUCCACGACCUUACCUCCCUUGUUAUGCCGCCAUCGGGGGCGGUCCAGGCACUGGAACUGGAGGCCUGUGCUUCCUUUCUUCGGUGUCCUGUCACCUGA